AUGAACGACGACAACCCUAGAACGCCCUUUGAAUCUGUUUCUGCAGACUUCUUUACAGUUGCAGGAAAAGCAUUCCUCGUCAUAGUUGACCGACUCUCAGGAUGGCCUGUUGUUGUCCCAUGCAAAGGUGAUACUACCGCCUCUAACACAAUCAGGAUCUUCUGCCGCUACUUCCGGGAAGUUGGUGUGCCCCUCCGCCUCAGGACCGAUGGAGGACCACAGUUCUCCAGCAAUGAGUUCCGGGACUUCAUGGAGCGAUGGGGAGUCCGACAUGUGAUAACCUCCCCAUAUUAUCCACAAUCGAACGGUCAUGCCGAGGCCGCCGUGAAAUCAAUCAAGCAUCUCAUCCUGACAACGGUACCCUCUGGCAACAUUGAUAGAGAAGAGUUUGACCAAGGCCAUUUAGAGCUUCGGAAUACUCCCAAUUUCACAGGACGCUCCCCUGCCCAGAUCCUGUAUGGCCGACCUCUUCGGUCAUGCAUCCCAAACCUGAACACAGAGUCCCUUUUUAAGAAAGUCCCCUUUUCAGAGGAGUGGCAGGUCAAGACGGAGGACUGUGACCGCCGUGCUGCCACUGUGCUGAGCAGGUUAAGACCCAGUACGAACAGCAUGCCCGCCCCCUACCCAGGUUGA